AUGCCGGGUACUGAAGUGCAUGACGACAAAAGUCAGUCAGCAAACACAGUGCAGCACCAACAUUGUGCGCCUCCGCGGCCUAAAAGUCCAUAUCCUCGUCCAGCCCCUAAAACCAACUCUCACGAGGACAAUACAAAGUGCUCUAAAGCAGCAUCCUUGGGAGAGGCAAAGCUGGCCGUCGAAAAUCGGUUUCAGACUCCCCUAUCUCAUUCCUCAAACAACACUUCGGUCAACACAAGCGGAUCCAGCAGACUUCCUUCCAUUCGAUGGGACAAGAACCUCCCAGUGCCUGAUCGGAAAGUUCCUGCCUUCCCUAUUGGGAACAAUCCUUCAUUUGGCCCUGAACUGCAAAGAGCCCAAGUGUCACACAACAAACACGAACUCCACAGCGAGCCCUGUCCCCAGAGCCCAAGGCAUGACAAUUUUACUACCAAACGACAGGAGCACGAGGUAGAAGAGCUAAAUUUCAAGAACAAGAGUAAAGUUAUUGAGACUCAGAGUCAGCAGAGAAAAAUAUCUACCACGUCGCAAUCCUCCCAAAACAGCAACAUCAAUAUGGCUUAUGCUGGGUCUUUGCGUCAUCAUGCGUCUUUUGGACGCCCUGUCGCACCAAUUACUCGUGCCUACAAUGAGGAAGCUGACAUCCAAAAACACACAAGGACCUUUUUCGGCAUCGAAUCUGAUACAGAGUCAUCUGGGGAUUGUCAGGACGGUUCUCCUAACUCCCUUACCUUCCAGGUCUUGAAGGACCUUCCUGAGAGGCAAGGCGCUACAAACAAGACCAAGAAGAGCCAUCCAUCUUGGGACAUCAGUGAUGGAGACAGCGAUAAUUCCAGCGAUGGACAUUACUCAAGUCGAUCAGGUUACAAUACUGGUAAAGAAGGCAAGCCCACACUAUCUGUCGCUGUGUCCUCCUGGCUUGCAGGGUGGCUGCAAAACCUCCCAUCUCAGGCUACAGUUAGCUCAUUCUGGUAUGAUAACUCUUGGGAUCAUUGGAAUAGCAGUAUCGACCCAGAGACUGGAGAGUUGAUGGAGGCUGUUGUUCAACCUGAUACCUAUGUCGACCAUGAGAAGGAGCGGAUGAUGGAUCCGAAAAUGAUUCAACGUCGCCAAAACUGGACUAGCAACCUGAUUAUACGUCGCGAAAUAACGGUUCGGCAGAAUCUUAGGCGUCUUCAAAAGCAGAAGAUGGAAGAGGAGGAACGCUUCAGUCCGGUUGUUAAAAUGACACCGCAGCCGGCCGAUAUGUCAUCGUCGGCCAUUGCGAACUCGGGUGCUCUGGACUCAGCUGCCUCCAAACGACAGCUUCUGCAUGAAUGCACACUCCGACCUGGUCUACUAAGUGACAUAGAGGGCUGUGUGGAUAUUUACAACAUGGCUGCUGCGUCCCAUUCGCCUCUUGCCGACACCAAGCCGGUUUCUUACCAACAAUUUGAAUCCAUUUUUAGCGCCUGCAGCAAAGAAAGGCUUCCAUUUGUGGUUGCGGCAAUGCAGAGGGCUGAUUUGACUGAUGCGAAGAACUGGCCGUCACUAGAUGCUUACAGGCAAUAUAUGAAAUGGAAGCAGGCCCAACCUCAGGAAGACGAGCCUUCCGAAGCCAUUAUUUACGGAUUUGCUUUCCUUACUCCGUACGAGACAGGUCUGGCGCUCGGAGCUGGUGCCGCCACCGAGACUGUCAAAGCGACCAUCUUUGUCCACCCAGAGCAUCGCCGCAAUGGUGUUGGAAGCGCUUUGCUUCACCGUCUCCUCACUCAAACGUCGAUUCUCUUCCAUGGUGACGUUCACUAUGAUUGGAAGGACCCCUCUGCAGCUCAGGAUUCGUUUUACCGACCGGACUUCCGGCCGAUUCAUCGUGAGUUUCUCCGAGGGCUGGACUAUAAGCUUGCUAACCCGGGUGUGUAUGCAGGCAUUGUUAUUCACGGUAUGGUCAACGGCGAGAGCGAGGAGCUCAAGUGGAUGGACAACUUUUUGAAGGUGUUCCAAUUUGAAAAGGCCGGACACCUCAGCCAAGUAUACAAAGUGGUCAAACCACACGGCGUCGACUGGUACGACCAAGCCAUUUGGGUGCACUGGGCCAACAAAAUUGAUGUCAGCCGCACGUUCUAUGUCGGGGAUGAAUCUGAAUGUUCUUAUGACUAUCCCGGAAAGGCCCGUUCGCCCGUACUCCGGCGCGUUCACCCAUACCAAGUCUGA